AUGAAGCAUGACCUAGAAAAGUACUAUCUUUCCACCAUGUACAGCCUUGAGUUCAUUUUAGGCUUCACUGGAAACACCAUUGUUGUGUUCGGCUACAUUUUCUGCCUGAAAAACUGGAAAAGUGGCAACAUCUACCUGUUCAAUUUAUCAUUAUCAGAUUUAUUAUUCCUGUGUACUCUUCCGAUACUCGUGAACAGCUACUCCAGAGGCCAAUGGGCAAAGGAGAGCAUCUUGUGCCACAGCAACAGAUUCCUGUUGCAUGCAAACCUGUAUAGCAGCAUCCUUUUCCUCACCAUUAUCAGUAUCGACCGGUACAUGAUCAUAAAAUACCCUUUCAGGGAACAUUUUCUGCAGAAGAGGAAAUCUGCCUUCAUCGUGUCUGUCGCCAUAUGGGUCGGGGUGAUACUGGAACUGCUGCCGCUGAUGUAUUUCCUGGAGCCUGUAACGCCUGCCAAUAAUUACAAGUGUCUUGAUUACGCAAGCUCCGGAGACCCCACGAAAAACCUCAUCUACAGCAUGUUUCUGACCGUCUUUGGGUUCCUCGUCCCUCUCGUGAUCAUGUGCUGCUUCUAUGUGAAGAUGGUCCUCUUCCUCAAAACCAGGAGCGAGCAGUGCAGUUCCGUCCUGACGCUUGAAAAGCCCCUCACUUUGGUGGUUCUCACAGUGGUUGUCUUCUCGCUGCUCUUCACUCCCUACCACAUCAUGCGCAAUGUCCGACUGGCUUCCCGAAUACCGGCCCUGAAUGUGUCCCUGUGCACGCGGGACGUUAUCAGCACCGUUUACGUCAUCACGAGACCCAUCGCGUUUUUGAAUAGCGCCAUUAACCCCGUGUUUUAUUUCUUGAUGGGGGACCACUUCCGAGAGAUGCUGAUGGCAAAAGUGAGGCAGCUCUUGAGCAGGCUGACAGCCUCUGGCAAGUGA